AUGCGACUCAUCAACACCACAACCUUGGAGCUCGAGGAGUUCCAGAGCCAGAUACCAGUUUACGCAAUUCUGUCUCAUACAUGGGGAAAGGAUGAAGUCUCGUUUGUUGAUUGGCAGAACAACUUCGCCAUAGCCAGAACGAAAGAUGGGUACCACAAAAUAGAGCGUUCAUGUCAACAGGCUCGAGCCGAUGGCUAUGAUUAUCUCUGGUGCGAUACAAAUUGCAUCGAUAAAAGAAGCUCCUCAGAGCUCAGUGAGGCUAUCAACUCGAUGUUCAACUGGUACAAGAAUUCAGCCGUCUGCUACGCCCAUCUUUCUGAUGUUUACCCGGGCGAUAUGGCGUCCUUUUACACUUCGCGGUGGUUCACUAGAGGCUGGACAUUACAGGAGCUGCUCGCACCCAAAGAGGUGAUCUUCUUCGACAAAUACGGUAUCAACUUUGGAACUCGAUCGUCCCUAUCGCAGGAGAUUUUCGAUAUCACCAAGAUCGAGGAAGCUGAUAUGAGGAGCGGCAUCCAUAAAGCCAGCAUUAGCAAACGCAUGUCCUGGGUCUCACAUCGCCAAACAUCAAGACCCGAGGACAUAGCGUAUUGUAUGCUUGGGAUUUUCGAUAUAAAUAUGCCCCUGCUCUACGGAGAAGGAGACAAGGCAUUUAUUCGACUGCAAGAAGAAAUCAUUCGACUUUCCAACGACCAAUCGAUAUUCUGCUGGCAUUGGAGCAUGGAACAUGUCCCCAGCGACUGGUCGAGUAUCCUGUCACCAUCGCCAAAGACGUUCGAAAACUCGGGAUCCUACCACCAAGCAUGGGGAGGUGAUGACUCACUUUCCUACACCACAAGCAACUCGGGAUUAUCUAUCAAGCUGAAGCUUGUAGAUGUUGCUUCUGUGCAUAACACUUGGCCAUCUAUAAACGAAAGGUCUCAUGGCCCAAAGAGCGCUAAUGCAUUAGCUUUACUCGACGUCCAAUGCCGCGACACUAGCUGCAGAGUCGCCGUGGCUCUCCAACAACCACCGCUCAGCAAACGUUUUGUUCGAACCCCAUUCCCUUCAUGUCCUAUCCCGAUGGACAACUGCGAUGAAGUAGAGCCCACCGAAAUAUGUAUCGUCGGUCCUAGAGAUCGCGCUCUCUUGAUGCCGGCGCCGUCACCCAUGCACAUAACGAGUCCCGACUUUGAAACCCUCAUCGUCGUUAGCUCGCCUCAUAAUGUCAAAAGUGUCAUAACGGUACCGCAAGUACAGCAUUAUUUCAACACCCUCGCUCUGCGUCCCUUCGCGCCAACAUUCUUCGGGGCAGUCUUUGCGUUAACGUUGACUAUGAACCCACUGAUGGAAUCAAUCACCAUCUUUUGUUUUGUUGGGGUAGAUUGCGAUCAUUACAGAACGAGGUGGCAUUGCCAAAUUCUGGAGGCACUUGCUCCUACAUGCGCGAGCUCUGAAAUAGAAAAGAGAGUUGCUGUUCACGAAUCUAAGGUCAUCCGAACAGUCUGCCGUUCAAUUGUUUCUGGUCGACGACUGAAGAGCGGGGUGACAGACAAGCUCAAUACUUCACCAGGAGAAGAUUUCCAGAUACAUGCAGGACCGUGGGUUGACAGCUCUAAUAGCUCAAGGUUGUCUGUGACACAUAUCAAGAUACCCAAGCUUUCCUCUUUCCGGUUUAAUACCAGAAAAGAAUCGGAUGACGGUAUUGGAAAGCGCAAAGUUAUCACUGGAUUGAAAUCCAGGGAGCUACUGCAGAGUAGAGCGACGGUAUGA